GUGCCUUCAAACAAAGAACACAUUAUAAUCUCAUAUAUCUCUUUCAACAUAUAUAUAUAUAUAUACAAAAAUCUGGUUUAAAUAUUCAGCCAGAUUAUGUGAUAAUCUUGUUUAAUAAAACGUUCUGCUAGCUUCUACCUGAUCAGAAUCUCUUGCCUUUAUACUGAUAAUCUACUGUCAUGGGAUCGGGAUGGUUGCUCCGCUCUAUCACCUGUCUAAACGGACCAAAGAAGAACAAACCAAAUCGAGGCAACGUACAUUCUGAAACAUCAAACCGCAUCAAACCGGUUGGAUCAAGCUCUGCUUCCACGACGCUCACCUCAGAAGUCGCUGUUAUUCGCAUUCAAAAGGCUUUUCGAGCAUUCAAGGCGAGGAAAAGACUAUGCAGCUUGAUGAGCGCGAGGAGAUUUAACUCGCUGAUCCAAGGCCAUAAACUGAGUAACCAAACUUCGACUGCACUCAAUGUGAUGCAUACUUGGUGCGAUAUACAGAGCCAGAUCAGAGAAAGACGUUUGUAUAUGGUGACACAAGGUAGACUCCAGAACAAAAGAUUGGAGAAUCGGUUGAAGCUGGAGAUCAAGCUUCAAGAGCUAGAAGUUGAAUGGUGUGGAGGUUCUGAAACAAUGGAGGAGAUUCUAGCAAAGAUCCAACAGAAAGAAGAAGCUACGGUGAAGCGUGAACGAGCAAUGGCUUAUGCUUUCUCUCAUCAGUGGAGGGCUAAUGCUACACAGUAUCUAGGUCAAGCUUCCUUUAACCUAGGUAAAGAAAGCUGGGGAUGGAGUUGGAAAGAACGGUGGAUUGCGGCUCGACCUUGGGAGAUUAGGACUCAAUGCCACAGCACUAAACCGAUCAAACCAGCUAAAAAACCGGAACAAUUAUCACCAAAUGUGACAAAGACCUCCACUAAACCGGGUUUGCCAAACACCAAGGAAGUAAAAAAUUCCAAAAAGCCUGGUUCCGGAUGAGUUUGAUUAAGUCGGUUUAUGUUUUUACAUAUAAAAAAAUUGUCUGGUUUGAUUUCUUUCUUAAUGGUUUGUUUCUCUAUAAAAUUGGUGGUUUCUUUUUUGUAUACACACAAAAGCCAAACUCUUUUUUAAUCAUUUACCAAGUUCUUUUUGGGCC